AUGAAGUCGAAAAUGCCGUCUCGCAACCGCUCGCCACAACAGACUGCCGCUCCAGCCGCUGGAGCCGCCCAGGAUAAACCAGUUCCUGUCAAAGAACUGGAUACUACAAUUCACGACUUUCAAUCUAUCCUGAUUGAUGAUGAUCGCAAAACUCUACAACAGCUGGAAAACUCACCUCACGACGUACAAUCGAUCAUCGCAUUCACAACCGAGCUAGAGGAGAUCGAUACAAGCCGCCGAGGGAGGCGAAUUGCUACCAGACUUGUCCCAUUCUUGCAGACAAUCGGACAAUUAAUACCAGCUGUCGAUACAUCUAUGAAACCCAGGUCUAAGAUUUCUGCACUCAUCUGGGGGUCUGUUAAGUUAACAUUCAUGCUUCUCGCGAAAUUUUCAUCCUACUUCAAGUCUCUUGUAGAACUCCUUCAUGGCUUUAGUCCACUGUGUGAGAUAUCUGCUGAGUAUCCAGUCAUUCUAAACAACUCUUCUCAUCUGCAAGGCCCAAUCUGUCAACUUUAUACAAGUAUCAUCACUUGUUUUAAGGUAGUUCUUACGGUUAUCGGCCGAUCUUCUACAUCGCAGGAUUGGACGGCGAUGGCAGAUUCAUUCCGCAACGAACUUCAAAGCUAUGGGGAAGUUAUCAAGGCCAAUGCUACAAUCGUGCAAACCAAAAUUGAACACGCCAAGGCCCACCUCGGAAGCCCAAACCAGGAAAAAGGGGUAAUGCCAAUGUCUUCCAGGCCUACUACCUCAAUGCGUCUCUUCCAAAGUCAAAAGCGGAAGGACAUAGCAGGACAUCGACGACGUUGCCUCCUUCAAAAGCUUACAUCUUUUAAAUACACAUCCACAUUCAACAGCCAGCGAAAUAAACGCCAUAUCGGCACAGCUGAAUGGGUUUUCCAGACAGAUGAGUAUCAAGAAUGGGUCACGGGUAAAGCGCAUCCCGUUCUUCUCAUAACUGGGAAGGCAGGCUCUGGAAAGACUGUAUUAGCAACAUCUGUCGUCGAGAAACUGUGUCAAGUCCCUCUGCCCAAGCGAUUUACUUCGUUUGCUUUCCUUCACUUCGACAAUCCGGAGAGCCUGAAGGCUUGGACUGUCAUUCGAUCAUGUCUCCAGCAGGUGUUAUCUACUCUCAACUUUGAUCAACUCGACUCUAAGUCAAUCUCCAAUAUCGACGAACUCCUGGCACAAACCAAAUCGCACAUGCCUCCCAAGGCAGCUCUAAAAGCACUCUAUGUGAUGAUGCCAUUACUCAUAAAUGAGUGGUUCAUUGUGCUCGAUGGGUUGGACGAGUGUGAUUCCUCCCAACAAGCAGUCAUCUUGCAGUUCUUCUUAGACGUUUAUAACUCGUCUCCUAACUCCCCGCCAAUGAGGAUUUUGGUGUCUUCGAGAGAUACAUCCACCGAGGUCCUUGACUGCACCUUCCCUGCCUGUCUCCGAGCAAUUACGGGGUCGUCUCACACAAGCGCGGACAUCUGCACGUAUGCUGGAGACAUCAUCAAUGAGAAGCUCUCAGACGAGGAACUGGUACUAGACAACCCAGACAUAGUGAAUGAGAUUCUCGCAACUAUUGUGUCGAAAGAACAGGGAAUGUUCUUAUGGGCAUUCCUCUCUAUUCAAGACAUCUGCUCCAGAACGUCUGAUAAUCACAUUCGACAAGCACUCCAGGAGAUACCGACUCAUUUGACAGAGACAUUCGACCGUGCGCUUGGCCGGAUCAUGAAGAAGGGAAACCAGAACAUCGCAAAGAAAACAGGCGGACAGCGCACUUUCUGCCAAGAUGAUUUGAUCAGUGACAUUGGUUGUCUCCCCGUUUGGUGUGAGGGCUUUGUUGAGGUGGACGAAGCCGACAACACUGUGCGUUUCAGUCAUCGAACCAUUCGUGAGUUCCUCCUGGCGGCCAGUUCUGGAGAAUUCAGUGGCCUGCAUAUCCAGGCGUCGAAGUGCCACCAACUUGCGGGUGAGACUUGCAUCACGUAUGUCAGCCUUGACAACUUUCAAACGUAUUCGGGAGGUGGGAAAUCUCCCAAUGUAAGCCCCUUCGCUAUCGUUUCAAACAACGGUGAACCAUCCACACAGACUUGUCAGACUCCAGUGAAAGAUGGUCUGAAUUCUCGCUGGAGCCGUCUACUAGUUCCUGGGCCGAAACAGUCAGAGACCGUAUCACCAACCACUACCACGGCGCCUUACCUAUCAAACCGACAGCCCACCCUACGCGAUGCGGCUAUUCGGUCUCCUUUUUAUGAAUAUGCAAAUACGAAUUGGUUCAAACACAAAAUCCAGUUCGAUAGAGCGGGCAAUGAGGUCACAUGGAAACUCCUGGGAAAUCUUCUCCGUGCCAACAUCACUUACUCUGACAACGUUCCCUGGCGAGAUCAAGAGUGGAAAAAUAAACUCAGGGAUUGCUAUUUCAACAAAUUUCCUUUCCCUCCAGCCUUACUUCAGCUUUUGCACGACUAUGAACCUUGGUUUAUUUAUCUCUACGCCCACCAUUCUGGCAACUCGGGGCUCUCCUGUCGUGCCUUCAUGUUGGUUUCCGAAGACACUUUGAAGGAUAGACGGUUUCGAGAGCUUCUGCACACACUAGCAGCCUGGAAAAACCACAAGGCUUGCGCCAAUCGAUGCCUUUCCUCAGUAUUGCCUCAACUGGACCACUCAUUGCUUAUGGAAAAGGUUGCACAAUUAAUUGCGCGGGGAAUGUCAUAUUUUCCCGCCUUUAUAGACUUCGCCGAGAAGAAGGAGUGUGGAUGCGCAAAUCAGCCCAAGUAUACACUACAAGAGGAUAUUUGUAAUGUUCUUUCCGAAGGAUAUUGCCCAGAAGACCAUCCGUACUUGCAGGCUCUUGCAGCAUUGGCUGAGAACGUUAGAUACAAGAAUACGACUAUCACAGCGGUGUCUUGGGGCGAAGCAUAUCGGAUCAGUAUGAGAGAGCUAUUUGAGGCUAGGACCAGGUGCUCAAGAUCAAUAUUCGACAUUCUCGUUGAGGUUGCCCUGCGGUAUCCUCCUGGAAGUUUCAGAGACCUCAGCAAGCAUAUGCCAAAGUUCUUCGAGAAUUAUCGAUCUAAAAUUGGGGGAGCAUACUCCUGGGAGGCUCGAACCCAGCUCACCAUCUCUCUACUUCAGAAUCUAGGAAUGUCACUUGAGAUGAGAGACGUAGGUCAAAAGGCCAACAAGGAAGACCUGAGGAAACUUAAGGACUGCAUCCAUCAACUCUCAAACUGGGGCGGGAUAGUUCCUCUACACAAGACAACUAUUCAAAGAACGUUUCUCUACCUUAUAAUUCCUGUUAUGAGGACAAGGCAAGACUUUGCGCCCCUCGUGGAACUCUUCUUUGGAAGAUCUGUCCCACCAGGUCUUGAGUAUGUCCACGAGGAACUCUUCAGACAAUCAGUCUGGCACAACAACUGGGACCUUGCAGCAUGCCUUCUACGCCUCCAGAAGACACCGGUGGACGCCUUGGACCACAGCGGCAUGUUCAGCUACGUUCGCAAAGCACUGCGUUGCGAAGCCUGUUAUUCAGAAUUUUCACAAGGGACAAAGAUUUUCACAGUCAACGGUGUACCUCAUAACCCAUUCUACUUAUGUUCUGAGCAUUGGUCAAUCAUUUGCGAAAGGAUGAAUGGUGGAAACUUGAACGCAGAAACGCAUAGUAUCAAGUGUUUAGGGUCUCCUACCGCAUCGCUUCCCACACAAGCGGAGGACUUGUUUCUAAGGAGGAAUCUUUAUCGUUAG